AUGCUGCAGGACGACUUGAAGAGCAAUAGCGAAGAGGAGCAAUACCGCAAGGAGAAGCACAAGGUGGUGGAGCAGAAAAGAAGAGAGAAGACAAAAGAAUUGUUAGCCGACCUUCAGGAUUUGCUUCCCAACCUCGACUCGACGAACUCGGCAGCAUUGACGAUGAACACUGUCCUUCAAUGUGCCAUCGACUUUCUAUCCAAGAACGCGUCAAAUGUACAGACUCAAAGCUCUGGCAAUGGCACCAAUGGAGGAGCAGAAGGAGCGCUGGGAGUUUCUGCGAACGACAUAGAGCAGGAAUCGAACGACAUAGACUUGAAGUUGUCUCAUGGCUCAAGUGCAGGCGUACAUGUCAGGAUUUCUCAUGGCUUCGAUGGGCAUAGCGUAUGCAGGUGUGCCGACGGAACGAUACAAGAGGUCAAUCCAGCCUUCGCUGCCAUGCUUGGCUAUGGAGCAGAUCAGCGAUACAAGCUGAUCGGCCGAACUUUCUUCUCUCUCGUCAGCCCGCAAGACAUGCAGAACACCCUCAAGGCAGUCUCGCAACUUCUCUCUGGAGAGCUUAACCAUAUUCCCCUGACGCAGAACUGCGUGAGACAGGACGGAACAACCGCCAGCUUCAACGUUGAGAUGAACUGCCUGUGGAAGAACAACAAGGCGCACUGCAUCGUGUGCUUCAUGCGACCCUCUGAGAGCGGCCCUGGAGCCUCAGGUCAAGACAUGGGCGGGAUGAACCAAAACCAGCAGAUGCCGCAGGGUCAGCCGCUGCUCCCCAUGACUUCAGGAUUCCCUGGAGUCCUUCAAGGUAUGGGCCCCAUGCCCGGCAACCCGGGCAUGCCUGGACGACCAAGCCUGGUACAAGGAGGGGGGAGGCGGAGCAAAGAGACUGAGAGGGGGGAGGCGGAGCAAAGAGACUGA